AUGAGUCCUUUUCCUUGGAUUUUCGUUACUUUUCUUGUGUUCUGUAAUCAGAUUGGCACCGUGCUAGCUGGAAUGCUCGAGUAUAUUGAUUAUAAUCCAUGCCCCAUUGGUGCCGAGUAUUACUAUGAUAAUGAUAAGUGUUAUGUUGUUCGCAAUAAAGCGGUGAUCUGGAAUAUCGCUGAACGGAACUGCAAGAAUAUGGGAGGUUUAUUAGCUAUUAUUGAUGAUGAAUACGAGCAGCACCUCAUCGAAUCCAUUACAGGAUCUUACAAAUAUUGGAUUGGACCGAACGACCGGGAAAAGUCUCGUGUGUAUGUAAAUCCUGAUGGUACAACACCUACCUAUUUUAAAUGGGAUGAUACCAGUAAUGGUCAACCUAAUGAUGAUAUUGUCCUUAACGACCAAGGCUGUGUUUGUUUGACUAAAGCUAAAUAUUGGCACGAUGAAGAAUGUUAUUAUCCCGAACGUUAUGUAUGUCAGUUAGUUGAGCCACGUAAUUUCUUGCAGUUAACUUUUAUACAUUUGAAAGAAUUGGAAUUUAUUGACGGUGAUACGUUUACGUUUCAUACCACUAUUAGCAAGAUCAAGUGCCAAGUUCUGUGCGUGUCGUAUCAGAUAUGCAUAGGCUAUUUGUGGGAUACAUUUGCCGAAAACGACAAUUGCCAACUAAUAAGUCCGUCAAUAGGUAGUAAUCUCACUGCCUACCCGGAUGAAAUGAUGUAUGAGGUGGUCGAACGAUGA